GCAAACUCCAAGGAGAAGUUUGCAUUCGAGGGACAAAAGGGUUUAAAUAAAAAAUACAAAAAGUCAGAGUCCUACGUAAACAAAAUUAUUUGAAGAGAGAGAGAGACGGAAGCAACGGAGAGAGAUCUUUGAGAUCUUCCAGGGAUUAACAGUGAGCGAGAAAGGAGGAACAUUAGCUCAGCUCCUGGCAGCCUCCAAAAUGCAUCAUCAGCAUGGACUCUUCAUGCUCGCCCUCAUGGCAUUCCUGUUGGUAAUGACGGUUCUUGGCACAGAUACUGGCAAGAAGGAUAAGCAAGAAAAGAAAGUGAAGAAAUCGGACUGCGGGGAUUGGCAGUGGAGUGUGUGUGUGCCCACCAGCGGAGACUGCGGCCUGGGGACCCGAGAGGGCACCCGUUCCGGAACAGAAUGCAAACAAACCAUUAAGACGCAAAAGUGCAAGAUUCCCUGCAACUGGAAGAAGCAGUUUGGAGCCGAGUGCAAGUACCAGUUUCAGGAGUGGGGAGACUGCGACCCCGAGACAGGCCUGAAAACCAGGAACGGCAACUUGAAAAGAGCCCUGCACAAUGCUGAAUGUCAGAAAACCGUGACCCUAUCCAAGCCCUGCGGGAAGCUCACCAAACCAAAACUUCAAGAAUCCAAAAAGAAGAAAAAGGAAGGAAAGAACAAAGAGAAGCUUCUGGAUUGAGAGGGCGGAGCCAGCAAUGGGAGGAGAGCGCAUGAGUCUGGGCAGCGGGAGGUUGAAAGGACCAGUUCAUUCCUACCUAGGACUGUCCCCUAAGGUUGCCUCCUAGCCCAGUGGUAGAGUAGUGUAGGCAGGGAGAGGGGGGAUUUAGUGUGGGGGGGGGGGCAGGGAUUGGGGACUGCUGUGGGGUAUAUUUUUUAAACAAUAACACCGUAUUAGGCGGCCUUAAACCAACGGGUAGUACUUAAGUUGACUACAAGCGUAUAGAGCUCAGUGAACAAUGGCGUCUGUGGGGGCCAAAAACGUAGACGCACCUUCUUUACUUAAAAAUGGAAUAAUGGGUUUGUAUAUUGCACCUAUCUAUGACAAUGUUACCCAUAAUGCAACACUAGAGAGUUUAUUUAAUGAAGGGUCCUGUAGAAGAAAGCUGAAUCAAAAUCAACGCAAGAGCACUGAGGGCCACUGGUCUUCUAUAAGAUACAUAGACCCUCCCCCUGGACUUGUGAAUUGGGGUGUGGAUAACUGGUCUGGGAGAGAGUGGGAGUGGCAUCUUAGAUCAUGGCAAGGCUUGGGUAGAUUGAGAUUUUGCUAAAAAUGUCAGGUGACUGUACCUAUAACUUUGUCCCACCAGCACUUCAUGGGUUGAAUCAGUCAUAGGAUGGGUUACAAUAACAUCCAGAUGGCUAAUACUCAUUUGCUGCUGGUGCAUCCAAGUGAUAACCAUGUUCAUACUCAAGCCCUGGUCAACAUGCAAGUCAUGAGUCAACCCCAGAGCACUCCAUUGAGUUGUCUCCACCAGCCUUGGUGACCAGUCCCAACCAGUCUUCUACUAAUCAACUAUUAAGGCUGCCAAAGCGUCUGCCAGUAUUGAUAUUGACUACUCCUGUCCAACCUACUUCUACUUGCAAGUAGCAAAUUCUAUCAUAUUUAUUGCCAUCUGCUCUUGAUAUUGUUGGUUCCUUGUGAGGUCAAAAAUAAUCUGCCUAUAGUAGAAGUGGAGAUAAUAGUUUCUGGGAAGGAGCUGUGGGAUAGCAGAUAAACUAGGGAGGUGGUGCCUAUAGUAACAGUGGAUUAUAGUCUCUGGGAAGGGAGUGUGACUGUGGGAUAGCAGGUAUAGUAGGGAGAGAUGGUGUCUAUAGUAACAGUGGAUAAUAGUCUCUGGGAAGGGAGUGUGACUGUGGGAUAGCAGGUAUAGUAGGGAGAGAUGGUGUCUAUAGUAACAGUGGAUAAUAGUCUCUGGGAAGGGAGUGUGACUGUGGGAUAGCAGGUAUAGUAGGGAGAGAUGGUGUCUAUAGUAACAGUGGAUAAUAGUCUCUGGGAAGGGAGUGUGACUGUGGGAUAGCAGGUAUAGUAGGGAGAGAUGGUGCCUAUAGUAACAGUGGAUAAUAGUCUCUGGGAAGGGAGUGUGACUGUGGGAUAGCAGGUAUAGUAGGGAGAGAUGGUGUCUAUAGUAACAGUGGAUAAUAGUCUCUGGGAAGGGAGUGUGACUGUGGGAUAGCAGGUAUAGUAGGGAGAGAUGGUGUCUAUAGUAACAGUGGAUAAUAGUCUCUGGGAAGGGAGUGUGACUGUGGGAUAGCAGGUAUAGUAGGGAGAGAUGGUGCCAAUAGUAACAGUGAGAUAAUAGUCUCUGGGAAGGGAGUGUGACUGUGGGAUAGCAGGUAUAGUAGGGAGAGAUGGUGUCUAUAGUAACAGUGGAUAAUAGUCUCUGGGAAGGUAGUGUGGCUGGUGGAGAGAAGGUAUAGUAGGGUAAGAGAGGAAGAGUAACACCUGAUGUUAGUGUUGUCCAGGCAGCAGACAACUCCCAGCUCCCACUUGCUUGGCUGAUCAUUUUCCCCAGGUCAGUGACGAUGCAAAUGAAACUCCAGGACACUCCCGACAUCUCAUCAAGGUGUUGACAACGUGGUGCUUUGAUAAAUUUCUCCGGAAGACGAGAUCCAUCAUUGUGACGCUCUCAGAGGUUGUCUGGAUUAUCAGACCGUGAUAUUAUACUAAGGACGGUGCUGUUCUAACGCUGUAAAUGAUGAUUUUUAAUCAGAUUUCCUUAUCUUCUGUAUAAUCAAUUUGCUUAGCGGAAUGAAGAAAUUAAAU